GGUUCAACAGUAGAGAAGCUUUACCUUUCGUGCAUAUCUUCGUUUUUUUCAGAACGAAGGAACCCUAGAGCGUCAAUCGCCUUCUCCCCUUCACUACGAUCACCUGCGUCUGCGUCCGCGUCUGCGCCGUCUGUUUCGUCAAUCAGAGAGUGGUUAAUAUUUUAGAUUAUUCUCUUCAUCGCGAACAAGAUGUCUUCAUUGACUGCUAUUGUGCCGCUCACUAUUACAUCAAAGGCAUCUCUAGGCAAAACAGAUAUGCAUGGUGGAAGAAUUCAGUUUGCUCAAUCUGCUCUAGUGAGGCCUGUUACACGAUCUCCGUGUUUUCAAAGCAGAAAGCCCAUCUCAGGUUUUACUCGAAUGCAGUCUACCACAAUAAUAUGUGCAGCUGCUUUGAAUGCGAAGUGUAGUGCAGAGCAAACCCAGACUGUUACACGCCAGUCACCAACAUCAGUAAUUACCAAUGCUCCCAUUCAAGGCAAGGAAAAAUCACCUGAGCUUGAUGAUGGGGGGACUGGAUUUCCACCUCGUGAUGAUGGAGAUGGUGGUGGCGGUGGAGGCGGCGGUGGAGGCGGCUGGAAGGGAGGAUUUUUCUUUUUCGGCUUUCUUGCAUUUCUGGGCUUCUUGAAGGAUCAAGAAAGCGAGGGGCCUUAUAGGGAAGACAGGAGAAGAUGAAUGGACUAUAAAAGCAGCUUUCUAGUUGGUUUGUGAUAUUUUUUUCCCCACCCUUCCUGUAUCUGAGUAUCUAUAUUUAAACCGUGAAAGAAUAGGACAAUUUCCAAGAUCAUCUAGAUUAAAACAAUAGUUACAAAAUUCUUUGA